AUGGCCGCCCAACACUCGCGGCGCUUCAUGCGGCCGCUGUUGUAUACCUCUGCCGUGUUGGCGACCGGAGCCGGCGUCCUCUAUGUCUCGUACCGCCCGCGCACAAUCCCAGGCUCUGAACCAGCCGUUGUGCCUCCUCCUGGGUAUAGCUCAGGGAAACUAGUGCCGCCCAGUUUUCCCCAGAUCAAAUCGCGUGGCGAGCAGAUCGAAGACCUCAGGCGCAGCGCUUCAAAUAUCACGCAGAGCGAAGAAGAGCCCUAUGACCUGCUCGUCAUCGGUGGAGGUGCGACGGGCUCAGGUAUAGCUUUGGAUGCGGCAACAAGAGGCCUCAAAGUUGCUAUGGUGGAGAGAGAUGAUUUCAGUGCAGGGACAAGCAGUAAGAGUACCAAGCUGGUCCACGGCGGCGUUCGCUACUUGGAGAAGGCUGUCUGGGAGUUUGACUAUAACCAAUACUCCCUGGUAAAAGAAGCUCUUCGCGAGCGCAAAUACUUCCUGAAUACCGCUCCCCACCUCUCCAUGUGGCUUCCGAUUAUGGUCCCAGUGCAAAAAUGGUGGCAGGCUCCGUAUUUCUGGGCCGGGUGCAAGUUCUACGAUUAUUUGGCUGGGUCUGAAGGAAUUGAAAGCUCGUAUUUUCUCACACACAGCAAGGCUCUGGACGCUUUCCCGAUGCUCAAAAAGGAGCACCUCUUUGGUGCCGUAGUUUAUUACGAUGGUGCCCAUAAUGAUUCUCGGAUGAACGUUUCGCUAGCAGUUACCGCAGCUUUAUAUGGAAGCACCGUGGUAAACCACUUAGAGGUGACUGGCCUGACCAAAGAUUCUUCCGGAAAGCUCAACGGAGCCCGCGUUAAGGAUCUUAUUUCCGAAAAGAACGGCCAGGGUGCAAAGGAAUUCUCUAUCCGAGCAAAAGGUAUCAUUAAUGCCACCGGCCCUUUCUCCGACUCGAUUAGGAAAAUGGACGACGCGGCCGUGAAGGAGAUUGUGGCUCCCAGCUCGGGUGUCCAUGUGAUAUUGCCCGGGUACUUCAGCCCCUCCAACAUGGGACUUAUCGACCCGUCUACUUCGGAUGGACGGGUGAUUUUUUUCCUGCCAUGGCAAGGUAACACCAUCGCAGGAACGACUGACCGCGCAACGGAUAUCACCCCGCAUCCUCAACCGAAUGAGGAAGACAUUGAGUGGAUUCUUGCCGAGAUCAGCGGCUAUCUGGCCCCGGACAUCAAUGUUAGACGAGAAGAUGUGCUUGCGGCAUGGGCAGGUAUCCGGCCGUUGGUUCGGGACCCCAAGGCUAAGAACACUGAAUCUCUGGUGCGAAACCAUCUGAUCACGGUGUCGGCAUCCGGUCUCCUCACGUGUGCGGGAGGAAAGUGGACAACCUACCGGCAAAUGGCUGAAGAAGCAGUUGAUGAAUCUAUCAGGACCUUUGGUCUUCAGACACGAAGGGUAGAGCAACUUCCGGACGUGAGUGGCACGGGACUCAAAACAGACAGCUUCACCCUCAACGGCUCGUGCCAAACCCACCAAGUUCGCCUCGUUGGAGCGCAUGGAUUCUCCAAGACUCUAUUCAUCAAUUUGAUUCAACACUUUGGGCUCGAAACGGACGUUGCAAAGCAUUUGACGGAAUCAUACGGAGAUCGCGCCUGGCAAGUUGCCGCAUUGUCUUCUCCAACGUUCUCUCGUUUCCCUCUUCGUGGUAAGAGAGUCUCGGCUCUCUACCCUUUUAUCGACGGAGAAGUACGCUAUGCAGUGAGGCACGAGUAUGCUCAAACUGCAGUCGAUGUCAUUGCCCGCAGGACGCGCCUAGCGUUUUUGAACGCGCAAGCAGCUCUCGAGGCCCUGCCCAGCAUCAUCGAUCUCAUGUCGGAAGAAUUGAACUGGGACGGGAAGAGAAAGGCGCUCGAGUGGACUGAUUCGGUGCAAUAUUUGAUAUCCAUGGGUCUCCCUCCGAACCGGCAGAAGCUGACACGAAAGGAAGUCGAGAGUGGGAAGGCAGUCUCUUUCAGCGAGCAAGAAAGAACGAGGUUUUCGAGAAUCGACGGACCAGCGGAUAUGCUCGACAGCGAUCGUUUUGCCAAGGAGUCGAUCAAGCAAGACAUCGCCAUGCGCCCGGACUCGCCUGUCAACAAAUAA